AUGCUAACCUAUUCAAUUUUCACACCGUACAAUCCUGCCCACCGUACCAAUCCUCCUACACACACAGUGGAGGGACCUGGAGCCCUAGACUUACUGCAGAACUUCUUGGAUCGAUGGAACAAGCAAGGCCACAAAUACCUCAACAUGUUGCGAUCGUUUGUGGAUGGCGACAAUCUCAUGCUCACACGAGAAGAGGAAUCAGACUUCUACAAGGAGGACCCUGAGCGCUGGUCUACUCAGCUGUUUCGAAGUAUCGAUGGCCACUCCUCAGACUUCCCCGCCCUGUCCAAACGGGAAAAGGCCGCCGCCUUGGUAAAGAACCACGUGGACAAGAGUAUCCAGACCGCCAUGGUGCAUCACAUCCGUCGCGCCAAAAAGUUUAUUUACAUUGAGAACCAAUACUUCAUUGGCUCCAGUUUAAAUUGGGAGGCCCAUAAGAAAACGGGUGCCAUCAAUCUGGUGCCAUUGGAGGUG